AGCAUCUCUUCACUAAAUACACCAACAUGACGAGCACCGACAGAUUAGCAUCCGCGCAGAAGAGACAGCGCAUAGCGACACCAAUCCUUAAAAGCUCGCCUACCCCAUCUCAAUUGCGUUAUGACUGAGUUAACUUUGAAUAGAAGAAGGAUGGUCUCAAGACGUCAGCAAAACAGAAUCACAACGACAACUGAGAAGCUCAAGCGCUAAAGAGGUCCAGCAGCCUCGGAAGGAUACUACGUCUCCCUUCCCACACAAGGAAAAGGCAUCCGCACUUCAUUUUGAUUGUCGCACGUAGCUGAUAUAUCCACAGAAUUGCCCAACUCCUCCAAAGACUCGCAAGCGACCUCGGCAACCUGAAGUCGAGCGAGAUACCGAUUACAGACAAAUUAAACGGCCUCGGAAACCUGAUUGGCAACCGUCACCAGCACGGCAACCUACACACAAGAAGCGACGGCGAGAGACCUUAGAUCCCGUUCAUAAGAAUUCGACAGACCUUUCUCGAAAGCGGGCAUGGCCGUACUCUAGAAAAGCUGCCGUUGAGCCUUCAAUUGGCGAAGGGGAAACUGAUCCAGUCCUCCAUUGGAUAAAGACGCAUAAGUGGCCCAACCGAUACUCUGAACAGAGUGAUGACAAUAUAAGCCAUCUACUUGCUAAGCAAAAGUCUACAACCUCCUUACGUCGAAAGCGAUCAGAAUCAUCCUCCUUCGUACCUCCCUCGGUCACACCAAGCUCGACUACUCCGAGCGAUCAGAAGCCAAGAGAAGUCAAAAGUGCCCCUAACCAAGAUGCACGCUAUGAGACUUUACUCUCCACCAAAGGAAGCUUCAUGGAUGAGUCGGAUUUAGGAAUCACAAAGACAAGCCAGCAUACAUAUCUGAAUUUGCUUGAUGCAGAACAGACAGUGCCCACUGAUUCAUUAUUUCGCGAUGAUAUAUUCAAACGCACUUGUCGGGGUAUCACGAACAGAAAUGAGACAAGGAUCAUCCGGGAUAUCUCAUUAUUGAUUGUGCCCUCCGCGGAAACCCUUGCGAAAUACGGCACUGAUUCUCUUAAUAUCUUAAUUGAGAGCGUCAACGAAGGCUGGAACAAUUCUGAUCCUCUAACAAGCAUACGCCCCCAGCCUGACUACUCUGUUGGAUUCAGGCGUGAGGCGUUUACUAAAGAACAACUGAACAAGCUUACUCCUUACAUUGGCAAUUUCCUCAAUGGGGACCACUCGCUGUUCAUGGCCACGUACUAUAUGUACUUUCCGUUUCUCACAUGCGAGGUGAAGUGUGGUUCCGCAGCGCUCGAUGUUGCAGACCGACAGAAUGCUCAUAGCAUGACUCUGGCAGUAAGAGGUAUUGCAGAGCUCUUUAAAUACGUUGGUCGCGAGAUGGAGGUACACCGAGAAAUCCUUGCCUUUUCAAUCUCACAUGAUCACACUUCGGUUCGAAUUUACGGUCAUUAUCCCGUUAUUGAAAAGGGGAAGGAUAUCACUUUCUAUCGCCAUCCGAUCCACAAGUUUGAUUUUACAGCAUUAAAUGGGCGAGAGAAAUGGACGACAUAUAAAUUCACUAAGAACAUCUAUGAUCUAUGGAUGCCGUCCCACUUCAAACGAAUAUGUUCUGCUAUUGAUGCGAUACCGGCGGAUCUGGAUUUCAGUGUCCCUGCACUUUCCUCUCAGAGUUUUGGACUUUCAGGGAACCUCGAACGCUCUCAUCUUUCAGAAUUAACCGCGCUCGAACCUCAAUCGAGGGAGCCCAGCCAGCAACGUGUUAGUGAUAUAGGAGAUACUACUCCAAAUACCUAA